AUGGCGGCGGAGCUGCAUCCCCGGAGCGGAAAGCUGGUCGGCCUGUCCAACUCCAACCGCACCGCCCGGCGCAACCAGCCGGUCCAGGAGUUCAACCACGGCCUGGUGCUCAGCAAGGAGCCGCUGAGGGACCGGGACGUCUUUACUGUCCGUAUCGACAAGAAGGUGAACUCGUGGAGCGGCUCCAUUGAGAUUGGAGUCACCACGCUGGACCCGGCCCUCCUGGACUUCCCGAGCAGCGCCACGGGCCUGAAGGGCGGCUCCUGGAUCGUGUCGGGAUGCUCGGUGCUCCGGGACGGCCGCUCGGUGCUGGAGGAGUACGGCCGCGACCUGGAUCAGCUGGCCGAGGGCGACCGCGUGGGCAUCCAGCGCAGCUCCCGCGGAGAGCUCCACCUUUGGGUCAACGGCCAGGACUGCGGCGCGGCCGCCAGCGGCUUGCCCGCCAAGCUCUGGGCGGUGGUGGACCUGUACGGCAAGUGCACGCAGGUGACGGUGGUGAGCUGCGAGCCGCCGCUUCCCUCCGCAGAGCGACAGACUGUCGUUCGGAAUGAGGAGGGAGAGGAGGAGGACGAGGAGGAGGACGAGGACGAGGACGAUGGGGUGGUCUGCCGGGCGCAAGAGAACGUGGGCAUCGCGGCGCUGAUGAACGUGGCGGCAAUGAACGGAGUCACGAUCGGAGACCAAGUGCCUGAGCUUCGUUGCGGUCACAGCAGACCAGACAAGUUGCCCAACAACCUGGGGCCAGACGCAGUUCUAACAGAGCACCAGCUCUUUGACGUGUUCAACAACGCAAUCGUGUCUUUUUACCGAGCCGAGGAUGAGGGCGGAGGGGACGAAGGCGGCGGCGGAGGAGGGGGCGCAGGAGCCACGGGACGCGACAACUCCUCGUCGAGAAACGACGCGAGGAGCGGCGGCAGGGGUGGCGCGCCGAGCAAUGACGGCGGCGCCGGAGCGGGGGACGCCGGGAACACGAGCGUCAGCCCCGCCGGGAACGCGGGAGGAGGAGCCGCGGCGACGGGCGGCUCGACCACCAACGACGCGCUGCUCUUCCACGAGAAGUGCGGCACCUUGAUCAAGCUGAGCAAUAACAACAAGACGGCGGAAAGGAGGCGACCGCUGGACGAGUUCAACAACGGCGUGGUCAUGACCAACCGGCCGCUGCGACACAACGAGAUGUUCGAGAUCCGCAUCGACAAGCUGGUGGACAAGUGGUCGGGUUCCAUCGAGAUCGGCGUGACCACGCACAUCCCCAACCAUCUGGACUAUCCCGCCACCAUGACCAAUCUGCGUUCAGGCACCAUCAUGAUGAGCGGCUGCGGCAUUCUGACCAACGGCAAAGGCACCAGGCGGGAAUACUGCGAGUUUAGCCUGGAUGAACUGCAGGAGGGCGAUCACAUUGGGCUGAUGCGCAAAGCCAGCGGUGCACUUCAUUUCUACAUCAAUGGCAUCGACCAAGGUGUUGCGGCGGCGCAGACCCCCGGCGUGGUGUACGGCGUGGUGGACCUUUACGGCAUGGCCGUCAAGGUCACCAUUGUCCACAACCACAACCAUAGCGAGCGCCUCCGCCGCAACAACGCCAUCAUGCGGGCCAUGUCGCCCGACGUGGGGCGGCCCCGGCCCACUCUCACCCCGGACGCCGACGCGCCCGAGCGGCUGCUCUUCCACGCCAACUGCGGCCAGAAAGCCGCCAUCAUCAGCGACGGCAGGACGGCGCUGAGGCCGCACGCCACGGACGACUUCAAUCACGGCGUGGUCCUCAGCAGCAGGCCGCUGCGCUCCAACGAAGUGUUUCAGGUUCGUAUCGACAAGAUGGUGGAUAAGUGGGCGGGCUCCAUCGAAAUCGGCGUCACCACGCACAAUCCCGCCUACCUGCAGCUCCCUUCCACCAUGACCAACCUGCGCUCAGGGACAUGGAUGAUGACAGGGAAUGGAGUGAUGCACAAUGGAACAACAAUUCUGGAUGAAUACGGACACAACCUCGACCGCCUCAAAGCGGGCGACACCGUCGGCGUCGUGCGCAAAGAGGACGGCAGCCUCCACUUCUUUGUCAACGGCGUGGCUCAGGGCCCGGCGGCGUGGAACGUGCCCCCCAGCGUCUACGCCGUGGUGGACCUCUACGGACAGGCCGCUCAGGCCACCAUUAUGGACGACAUGGUGGACCUUCCCCCUCUUCCGGAGGAGAGCUCCGAGGGGCCCUCGGCCAUGUCCCCCGGCAGCCCUUGCUCGGUGUUGGGCGCCGGCGCCGCCACCGAUCUGCGUUUCCACCACCUGCAUGGCACCAACGCCGUCAUCACCAACGGGGGGCGCACGGCGCUGCGCCAGAACUGCCGCAGCGAGUUCAACGACGCCAUUGUCAUUUCCAACAGGUGCCUUCGUGACGGAGAGCUCUUUGAAAUCAUCAUUCAGAAGAUGGUGGACCGCUGGUCAGGUUCAAUAGAAGCGGGGGUGACUGCCAUCAGGCCAGAAGAGCUUGAAUUUCCCAACACCAUGACUGACAUCGACUAUGACACGUGGAUGCUCAGCGGGACGGCCAUCAUGCAGGACGGUAACACGAUGCGCAACAACUACGGCUGCGACCUGGACUCACUGACGUCGGGCUCGCGCAUCGGCAUGAUGCGCUCGGCCGUCGGUGACCUGCAUUAUUACAUCAAUGGCGCCGACCAAGGUGUCGCCUGCUCCGGUCUGCCGCCAGAUGUGUUUGCAGUGAUCGACCUGUAUGGGCAGUGCGUUCAGGUGUCCAUCACCAGCUCCUCUGGCCCACUGGACAACAGCUUGUGCACCAGCAACAUCACUGAGAAGAGCUUCCCAAUCCACUCUCCAGCGGGAGUUGCCCACAGAUUCCACGGUAAACACGGUAAGAACAUGGUGCUGCUUGGCGAGGGGUGCCAGGCCGUGCGAGCCGGGGGUUACGCCCACGGCAUCGUUUUCAGCGGCAAGGAACUCAAAGUGGAUGAGCUGUUUGAGGUGCGGAUCGACGAGAUGGACGAGCAGUGGUGCGGUUCGCUGCACGUGGGACUGACCACGCUGCCGCCCCCCGAGCUCCCGUCGUGCCCGCUCUCGGGCUUCUCCCCGUCUCUCCCGCAGCUUCGCACCAAGGUCACCUGGCUGCUCUGCGGCUCCGAGGUCCGUCGGAAUGGCGUGCUGCAGCGCCAGAACUACGGCCGCUCGCUGGACCGGCUGAUGGUUGGGAACCGUGUGGGUGUGAAGAGAUGCGGUGAUGACACCAUGCACGUCUUCAUUGACGGCGAGGACAUGGGACCUGCAGCCACCGCAGUCGCCAAGAACGUGUACGCAGUCUUGGACCUGUACGGGCGGAUCACGGCCGUGUCCGUCGUCAGCUCCACUCUGAUUGAGGACGUGGAAGCCAUUAAAGCGCCGUCACUCUCCUCGGAAAGCUGCAGUGAAGGAGAGGAUGACGGCACGCCGGUCAGAGAGUCGGUGCAGGCGGCAGGUGAGCCGUGCGCAGCGGUGCCCACCGCCAUGGCUUUCCUGGAAAACCACGGCAAGAACAUCCAAUUGUCCAACCAGAGGCUGACGGCGGCCCGAGUGUCGAGCUACAACCAGGGCCUGCUGGUCACCGCUCAGCCUCUGGUCCAGCAGCAGCUCUUCCAGUUUCAGAUCGACCGGCUCAACCCCUCGUGGACGUCGUCGCUGUCGCUGGGGGUGAUCGGUCACUCGCCGGACCGGCUCAACUUCCCUUCCACGGCGUGCUGCCUGAAACGCUCGGCGUGGCUGCUGCAGAGGGACUCGGUUUUCCACAACUCCCUCAAAAUAUGCGAGAACUACGGUCCGAACUUGGACACGUGUCCCGAGGGCACGGCGUUGGGUCUGCUGGUGGACGCCAACGGUUGCCUCCACCUUUACGUCAACGGCAUGGACCAAGGGGUGGCGGCGCAGGACGUUCCCUCCCCCUGCUACCCGUUCAUUGACCUCUAUGGCCAAUGCGAACAGGUGACGAUCGUAACGAAUCGCCUGCCGGCUGUGGGCGGAGAAGGCGGCGACGCCCGCUGCCAGGCCGACAUGGAGAAGGCGGACGUGGUUGACGGCAUCAAAGAGAGCGUGUGCUGGACACCCCCUCCCGAGGUCAACCCCAACAAGUCCUGCGAGUACCAGGCACUGUGCUCCCGCUUCAAGGACCUCCUCACCCUCCCAGACGGGUACUUCAGUGAAGAUGCAAAGUACAACCUGUGCUACUGCGAAUCCUGCCACAAGUUACGGGGGGACGAGGCUUAUUACAAGAGAGGAGAGCCGCCCCGGGACUACGCUCUCCCUUUCGGAUGGUGCUGCUUCGCCCUCAGGAUCAAGCCGCACUGUGAGGUUUCCAAUGCACUGAAAAAAUGGCACAUGGCGUACCACGGCACCAGCGUCGGGGCCCUGCGCCGCACACUGGACCACAGCCAGCUGCUGCCCGGGGCCUCGUCCAUCUUCUCGGUGGCUCCGGCGAAGGCGGAGGAGCCGGACGGCUACGGCGAUCCAGAGGAGAACAGCGCCCCCGGCAGGGAGGUGCCCAGGGUGAGGCUCUCGCCCACGAUGCGCUACUCCGGCUUGGAGACGUUUGCUCCCAAAGUGCCAUUCCGGGACCCCCGCUCUCACCGUUGCCACCAGGCCCAGGUGGGCUUCCAGGUGUGCGUGCGGCCAGGCUCCUACAAGGCGGGGCCGCAGCAGACGCCGGGCCACGGCGAGCCCCUGGACCCCCGCUUCAGCAACACGGAGAUCGAGUGGAUCACGAAAGAGCCGGGGGGCACGCUCCUCUACGGGACAACAGAGGACACCUCAAACAAGAUGCAAAACACCAUCGAUGAAUUAAGCCGAAGUAAAAACACCAAGAUUGCAGCGGAGUAA